AUGCUGGCACUCGUCGCAGCUGCCGCGUUCGGCCUGCUGGUGGCAGCCCCGCCUCGCGCCGCACCAUCGCGCGCCACCGUGCCGCGCUGCAUCGAGGUCGCCGCUGCCGACGCCCUGAGCCAGAGCCCCGCCCUCCUCGCGACUGCCGGCACCGCCGUCGCCGCGAUUGGCGGCAUUCUGAUAAACAACCAGCAAAAGAAGAAGCCGGCCGCCGCCGUGCCCAAACCCGCCGCCGCGGAAGUGGCCGAGGUGGCUCCUCCCACGCCGAAGCCGUCGACGACGACGGCGUACCGUGGCAAGGUGCCAGCCCUGUGUUGCCGCAGCACGCCCAUCCUGUGCAUGCCGCCUCCACCACCGCAGCACCAGCCCGUGCGGACGUUGCCCUCCCUUCAGGUGACUGUCGGCUUCCACCGCGGCGCCGGCCGGAUGCCGCCCACGCCCGCCCGCGAGCAGUGGGAGCCGCCGCCGGGCUGGGCGCCGCCCUCGAAGCCAGUCACCAGCUGGUACGACCGCGGCGACCGGCUGGCGAUCAGCGCGCCGCCGCCUGAGGCUGCGGCCGCGCCGGCGGCCUCGCCCAACCUGCUUGAGCAGUUUGUAGCCCUGUUCAGCGGCGUGUCCGCCUCUGCCUCCGCCUCCGCGGCGCCCCGCGCCAGCGCCUACAAGGGCAAGGUGUGA